UUCCAGAUGCAGCCGCAGAAGCUUGGUGUGGGUGCCCAGGUUUCGAGAGCUCUGAACAGGUUUUUUAAUAAAUAAGCUGAGACUGCCAGCGCGCGCAAUGAGUCCGGAGGUUCGAAGCAGCCGACACAUGAACCCAGGAGGGUUGCGCCUCUUCAAGCCUUGCCAAGAUCUGACAUUUCCCAGGCUCGGGAUUCCCAACCAUUUUGCUUAAGCCAGCAAAAUCCUGUGCCUUUUUCUUCCCUGUUCCCCUUUUCUCUCAAUUCUUGACUUCCUUUUUUUUUUUUUUUUAGGGGGGAAAAGGACAAUAUCUUUAUUAUGAAAGUUGUCCUACGAUUCAGGGUUAAAACUUGGAGGGGAUUUGAAAGGAAGGAGUCGAAAAGGAAUGAGAGAACUGAAUCUACUUGUGCCUUUCUUGGGGACGGCUUUAAAAAUAGAGCACCUUCUGGGAGGAAUUUGAUCCGAGUAUUUGGCACCAUCUCGGCUCAUUUUCUCUAAGCAAUACAAGUUUACGGACAGCUACCUAGCCAGCAGUUUUCUCCUAACAUGGAUUUACCAGGUUGGAUUCUGACUACUUUCUGAGGACUCUCCUUUGCCUUGACCAUUGGAAAAGAGGGGAGGAGGAGAGAAGAGCUUACCCCCUCCCCUCCCCUCCCCUCCCCCAUCCCAUUCCUUAGCUGUCCCCACCCUAGCAUCUUUCGAAGCUUCUCAGAAAAAUAAAGGGGGAGAGAAACAUCGAAGAGAGCAGCUCAGCCCCCACCCCUCCCCACCUUCCCCCACCCUACCCUUUCCUCCUCCUCCAUUUCUUCCUCAUCCCCUCCCUUCCCCUAUCCCCGCCUUCCUUCCCCCCUCUUGGCGCCCCGAUGCCGGCGCCUCGCCGGGGCUCCUACUGGCCGCUGCUGACUAUGCCGAGGCUUAGGCGGCGGGGGGCGCUGCGGGAGCCAGCGGGCUGCUGCUACUGCCUGGUGGCGGCGCUGGCCCUGCUACUGCUGCUGCUGCCUGCAGGCUGCCCUGUGCGGGCACAGAACGACACUGAGCCCAUAGUCCUGGAGGGCAAGUGCUUGGUGGUGUGCGACUCCAGCCCGUCCGCGGACGGCGCAGUCACAUCUUCCCUGGGGAUCUCGGUGCGCUCUGGUAGUGCCAAGGUGGCGUUCUCCGCGAUUCGGAGCACCAACCACGAACCAUCUGAAAUGAGCAACCGCACCAUGACCAUCUAUUUUGACCAGGUAUUAGUAAACAUUGGCAACCAUUUCGAUCUUGCUUCCAGCAUUUUUGUAGCACCAAGAAAAGGGAUUUAUAGUUUCAGUUUCCAUGUGGUCAAAGUCUAUAACAGACAAACUAUCCAGGUAAGUUUAAUGCAAAACGGCUACCCAGUGAUUUCAGCAUUUGCUGGAGACCAGGAUGUUACCAGAGAAGCUGCUAGCAAUGGUGUUUUGCUACACAUGGAAAGAGAAGACAAAGUACACCUCAAAUUAGAAAGGGGUAACCUCAUGGGAGGAUGGAAAUAUUCGACCUUUUCUGGCUUCUUGGUCUUUCCUCUCUAAAUGCAGGCACCCUGGGUUGGAGCCCAAGGUGUGGUCUGGACCCAGAAAUCCAUCACUUAAUAAUACCCUGAACUUGCCAGAACGUGAAACUUGUUACCAACCAUCCAGUCAGACUAUUGCAGUAGAAGAAUGAUUUCCAAAAAUUCCAAUAUUUACUUUGAAUAUUGACAAUUCCUCUGGAACCUGCUCCUCUCAUUAGUUUUAGAAGACAGUGGUUUUAGGAGAAAUGAAAUUAUUGACCUGGGAAAUUUGUACCUGUGAUUGUAAUUUUGGAUCUUAUUGGUGGGAUCAUUGACCUUUUUGUUUGUUUAUUUGUUUGUUGUUGUCCUGAUGAGACAAGUAACUAAGACCUCAAGAUUUGCCAAAAGGGGCAGAAGAAACUACCACCUACAGAAGGGUUUUUGCAAUGCAUUCUUUUUGUGUUUGUAUAGCCUUAAGAAAAAGAAUGGCUUCAGUCUAAGUCCUGUAUAUUUUUUUUUUUCUGGUUG